AUGGCGAAGCGUCUGAUGAAGUUCGUACAGGCCAAGUUGGAGCCCAUAUGGGCACAACAAACCACAAAAACAGCGUUUGUUAUCGUCGGCACUGUUCUGGGCGUUGGUAUUUUCUUCUUCCCUGCCUUCAAGUCGAUGUGGGAUGCAAAGCACGCGAAAGAAUACGAGAUUUAUAACAAGGACCACUUGUAUCCACUUCAAAUUCGGAAACAGCGAGAGCAGCGCGAAAAAGAGGAUCAACAAAAAAUAUGA